AUGGGAAGCAAUCAAAGUCAGCAAGCUUUAAGUUACUUGUGUGUUGGGAAAACAGGGCAUGGCAAGAGCUCAACUCUGAACUCAAUCACGCAUGACGACGUUUUCAAGAGAGAUAGAGACACGACGCGUAGUUCUGGGAGAGUCGGUUUGUUCAGUGCCAAAGUCGGCGGCCAGACCCUCAAAAUUAUUGAUACGCCUGGUCUGUUUGAUUCUACCGCUGCUGAUGAUGUUGAGAAUAUAAGGUUUGCUAGAGACAAAAUAAGCGAAGCUUUUCAAGUCAUGAAAGACAAUACGAUCCAACAUUUGGACGCCAUUUUGCUCGUGUUAAGCUACAUUAAUACCUACAGUGCAGAAGAGCAACACACAAUUUUGUAUUUAAAAACAAUUUUCGGACCAAACUUUAUUCGGGAUAAUUGUGUUCUAGUGAUGACGCAUGGAGACAACUACUCAAGCGAUGAGAAUAAUAAAAAAUUUCCAACUUUCAAAGAUUGGUGUGAGAGACAGAGAGGUCCACUGCUUGAGUUAUUUCAAGAGUGUAACUUUAGAAUUGUCCUGAUUAAUAAUAAUGGCAGUGAAAUGGAGAAAUACAAUAGCGCUCAAGAAAUCCUUGAACAUACAUUCAGUAUUAAAAAUAAAUAUUAUAUCAAACAUUUUCAAAAACAAGAAGAAAAUCGCAAAUCUAUGCUUUUAACGUUUUGCUUGGAUGAACUAAAGGAAAACAUGAAAAAGCGAUUAGAGUUGUUGUAUGAGGACUUUUAUCUUCUACUCACCCCAAAUGAAAACCUUGAUAAAAUGAGUCAAAAUUUUCUAGAGCAUUGUCAGGACGACGAACUAAGUGUCCAAACUUUAAAAAGCGUCAAAGAUUCUGCCGUUAAAUUCAGACAAGCUUACAAUUCGAAAGGGAAAGCCAUUGAAGCCGAGAAUUCAAAAACAAAUCUCCGGGGAGCUUUAAGGUGCGAGCUUAUGAAGGAGCUCAACAACCUUUACACAGCUUUUGAAAAGCUAGACUCGCCAUUGAAAACUUUCUAUGAGAUCAAGGCUAAAACAGAUUUACUGCUGAAUGAAAUAUUGUAUGAAGCACACGGCACAAAUAAACUUGAUGAAGUGGAACACUCAGUUCGUUUCUUUCAGAGAAAACUUGUUAAAGAAGCUUCAAGAUUUGAAUAAAAGAUCUCUUCUAUUAUUUUUAGAUUUAAGAUCAAUUUUAAUU